CCACAUUUGUGUGAUGGGAGACUCAAUUGUCAAUGUCAAAUGGAAGAUUUUGCCACCUCUGCUCCAGCUGGCUCCUAUUUACAGGGGCAUCUUGCAAGAUUGUGCCAGAAGGUAGCUCAGCACCCAGCGGGAUGAAGGCUGCCGUGUUCCUGCUGCUCGCCCUCCUGGUGCCCGGAUGCCACACAGAGGCUCAGUGCAUCAUCGACAAUGUGGUUGAUCUGAAGGUGCAGGGAACAAUUAGCUCCAUAGUGUCCGCCACCCUGGCCAAAGCCAAGCUAGUCUGCCAGGACGUCUCGGCGCGCGGGGCACUUGUCUCCUGCCCAGCAGGGUACAAGCCCACGGGCUGCGCUUGCGGAAUGGGUUGUGGCUCCUGGGACAUUCGCACCGACUCCACCUGCCACUGCCAGUGCAGCGGCAUCGACUGGACGGCCGCGCGCUGCUGCAAGAUAGGGCUGGAGUGAUGCCCAGACCCAGCCUGGGGCACCGGAGAGCCCCAUCUGGCCUGCUGCCCCUGCCGUGGGCCCUGGCACAGAACCAUGCUGUGCCUCUUGUUCUCAGUGCAAUGAAUAAACUUGGAUCUGGGUCUGCUGAUGCUUCUCUGGCUCAGUUCUUCCCCUGACUCCAGGUCUCUGGUACCCAGGGCUAGAGCAUGGGCAGGGAUCACAACUCUGCCUCCCUCCUAUUUCCCCCAUACAGUCCUCUGUCCCA